UUAGGACUUUUUAACUACAGACCCGGUGUACUUUGCCGAAAGUGAGUCUGGUACCUCCGCCCCUGGCAUCAUCCUCGGCCUCGCCGCCAUCUUGUCGCGUAGUGUCCAGAAGAGCAGGGGAGGAGGCCGAAAGAGGAAGUGACGCCACCACGCCAAAUGUGAUUGGCCGCGUGGCGCAGGCGCGGGUUCGGGGGUGCCAACGGUAGGUGCGCGUGCGGGGAAGGAGAGUGUGUGAGAGAGGCUUCGGGACGGGGAAGUGAGGACGAGUUCACCCACAGAGUGACUAUUCAUUUGCAUGUCGAUGCUCCUUCCAAUGGCCUUGCCAAAAAUUGAGGAAACGGACAACCAAUAACUUCAAUCCUGGGAAUUAAGACUAUGGUUUUCAGAUUGACUGCCCAUUAACCAUGGCCGUUAGAUUGCUCAGAGUCUUGGAACAAUCUCCAUACCUGAUGGAAAGAACUUUCUGUUUGAGAUCCCUUCUAGCAAGUAUUCAGCAGCCCAGGAUUAGGCCCCACAGCUAUUAUCAGAGAAAUGCUCUUUGCAGCUCAUGGAAACGCCAAGAUGGAAAAUCAUCAGUCUAUCGGCUGGCACCAUGCUAUCUAAAAUGGAAAGGGACAGUUUGUGUGCAAAUUGCGCAACACCAAUCUCUACACUAUAUGCAGUCUGCAAACUUAAGGAAACGGUUUUAUUCCACUGCAACAGGCAGCACUAAAAUGAUUCCCCAACAGAAAGUACUGUCAGCCAAAAGACCUCUUAAAGGGCCUCGGACCAAACAGCCAUCAAGGACCAACCAGCCAGCACUUGCAGAUCUACAGGGUCUGAUGAAGUGUACAGCCUUCGCUACAGCAGAUGAGUAUCAUUUAGAGAAUCUUUGCCAUGAUCUGAUGUCAUGUGGUUAUCAUGAAAUAACAGACCUGCCCAGAGAUGCCUCAAAUGUCUUGGUAAUUGGAACUGAUAUGUUGGCCAAGCCAAAUGAUUAUGGAUUAAUUUUCUUAUUCAGGGAGGGCUCUGUUGUCUUUUGGAAUGUGGAAGAUAAAGCGGUGAAACGCAUUAUGCAAAUCUUGGAGCCACAUGAGAUCCAGCCGUAUGAAGUUGCUUUGGUUCAUUGGGAAAAUGAGGAAAUUAACUAUCGGAUUGCAGAAGGGUAUUCAAAGCUGCAUCGAGGAGAGAUUUUAUUGAACUCUGAUCUGGAACCAGAUGAAUCUGUUUUGGAGAAGUUUGCAUUUUCAAAUGCACUUUCCCUAUCAGUAAAACUUGCCAUCUGGGAGGUGUCAUUAGAUAACUUUGUUGAGUCCAUUCAGUCCAUUCCUGAGAUGCUGAAAGCAGGAAAACAAGUGAAACUUUCACGAUCUGAAGUCAUGCAGAAAAUUGGUGAACUGUUUGCCUUGAGACACCGUAUAAAUUUGAGUUCGGAUCUCCUGAUGACCCCUGAUUUUUACUGGGACAGAGAGAACCUGGAACAACUCUAUGAUAAAACUUGCCAAUUUCUGAACAUUAACCGACGUGUAAAGGUGAUUAAUGAAAAGUUACAGCAUUGUACAGAGCUAACAGACUUGAUGAGAAACCAUCUAAGUGAGAAGCAUGGACUACGCCUUGAGUGGAUGAUUGUGAUCCUCAUUUCUAUUGAAGUUUUAUUCGAACUUGCACGUGUUAUUUUUUAAAUCAGAUUGGAGGUAGUUGGAAGACAAUGGCCAACAAUUGAAUUGUAUCUUCAGGUGGGGCAUAAAGAAUAUCCUCAAAGGUUUAAGUACCACCUGAUCUCCAAAUCAUUGUGGAAUGUCUCAAGUUUUGCACAAUUCAAUUCCUAUCCAAACUAUUUUGUUUAUUCACAGAAGCACACUGCAUCCAUAAUUGGUUUUACCUUUCAAUUACUUAUGUAUUUAACUUUGCAUUUUUGCAGAAUAUAUAUGUAUAAUGGAAAAUGAGCAAAAUUACUUCAAUUAUUAGUUUCUUUUAAUCAUGUGGGAGCCAAGACUGAAUAAAUUUGAAUUUGUAGCAAUUCCUUAUGUAAAAUGUUUGUGAUUAGUAUGCAAUGGAGCAAGGAUACCUUUCAGGCCUGUGGUGCCUUUGGAAGCAGGGUAACUAAUAUUUUCCUUAGAUAAAAGCAAAAUACCGUGGCUGCUAGAAAUCUGAAAUAAAACUCAGACCUGCUGAGUUUUUCCAGCACCUUCAUUCCUUGGGGUAGGGGGUACAUCACAUGGGCUGUUAUUUUAGAGCUUGGGGAUUGUAUACUAGUCACUACCACACCCAUAGCUGACAUGUGUUACUUAUAUCAUUUGACAAGUACUUGAAUGAUGUUCAUACCAUUACUUAGGAAAAUCAUUAGGAAGCAUUAGGAUGCAGCUCACCACUACCUUCUCAAGGGCAACUAGAGAUGGGCAACAGAUGCUGGCCUAACCAGCGAAGCCCACAUCCCCUGACUGAAUAAAACGCAAAAAUUCUGAAUCAACUUGAAUUAUUUAUUAGAACAAAAAAAUAUAUAUUUUUAUAACAUGACUUGAAAUAAUUUAAAACUCAAAAUGAUGUUUUUCACACCCACUUAGUCUCUUCAGCAAAAGAGAUGUAACAAACUAUGAACGUUAUGGGAAAUCUGAUCAGUUGUUUAUAUGUAGUAUUUGCCACAUCAGUUUUGCUAUCAAAACUAAUAUCACACAUUUCAUUGUCAUAAAAGUUGUUUGCUUGAAUAGAUUCUGCAAUAGUUUUCUUCCCGUGUGAAGACUUUACAGACGUCUUGUUAACUUUGAUACCUCAUGACCGAUGAGUAUAGUUUGAGCUCCAUUUCUGCAAGUCACAAGCCAUAAUGUUGCCAAAGGGCAUGGAAUAUCCCUCAAAGGAGACUCAAUACCUUCUUUGCAGGGCUAUUGUUUGUAGUGGAACUAGAAUCCACUGUCUACUCUUAAUUUGAACUACUGGAUUAUUAAUUUUUUGUCAAACAAAGCAAAUGACUUUAAAUUAAAGAAAUGGAUGAUUUAUUACACAGCUAUCCUGAAAUACAAUUCAUUGCAAAUAACAAUGGAAAUAAAUACACAAAGUA